CAGUCAUAGUUUCCAAUCUUGGUUUAAUUGAGAAAGACGCAAUGUCUAUAUCAAGAGUCAGCUUGCGUCGAUAAUCAACUCAGAACAUUCUCCCAAAUACUCAAGGCACUUCUACAUAUCGUCAAUAGCCCAAAAAGUAGUCCUGUGGAGUAGGCGCUUAUUUAAAACUUCUGUUUUCUUCAUAACACCGAGAAGCUAGACCAUGAGUGCCACCGCUGUCGAAGGAAGCAGGCAUGACCCGGAAAAGGAUGCCACUCUCCGCGACGAAAGGGAACGCAACACGAGGGUAUGGCCAAUCCUCCGCGACGACGAAAUAGAGGAAAGCGCAGAAGAAACAGAAGAGCAGCAAUAUGAAAAGACACAAGAAUCGAUGGCGCCUGCUAUCACAAGAAUCUUAUCAAGGAGAUCCGCAGCAUCUUUUGACCCUGGGCCCGCACCCGACGGCGGGACAACAGCCUGGAUUCAAGUUAUGUGCACCCACCUCACGAUAUUUACAACGUUUGGCUUCUUCGGCUCCUUUGGAGUCUACCAAACAUACUAUCAGAACACCCUCGGCAUCGCGCCAUCCACCAUAUCCUGGAUCGGCUCUAUCCAAGUCUUCCUCCUCUUCGGUAUCGGCACGUUCACCGGUCGGGCUACAGACGCCGGCCUCUUCCGCCCCGUAUACAUCGCAGGAGCCAUCUUCCAACUCGUAGGCGUCUUCACAAUGGCCGAGUCAACGAAACUCUGGCAACUGUUCCUCUCGCAGGGCGUAUGUCUCGGCAUCGCGAAUGGUCUGCAAUUCUGCCCCUCCAUGGCCUUGGUAUCAACCUACUUCGUCAAGAGGCGUGCGUUUGCGCUGGGUAUCACGGCUCUGGGUUCCUGUACAGGCGGUGUUGUGUUCCCUAUCAUUGUUCAGCAGUGCUUGCCGCGCUUCGGGUUCCCGUGGACAAUACGCAUUAUCGGUUUUAUCAUGUUGGUGCUGAACAUUAUCACCAUCGCGUUAUACCGCACACGUCUUCCACCCCGCAAGACUGGACCGCUCGUCGAUUGGGACUCAUUUAAGGAAGCUCCGUACUCACUUUACUGCGCGGCUAUGUUCUUCUCGUUCUGGGGAUUGUAUUUUGCAUUCUUCUACAUAGGCGCGUAUGGGCGCAAUGUUCUGGGUGUGAGCUAUCAGCAGUCGAUCAACUUGCUGCUGGUACAGAUUUGCAUGGGCUUUGUGUUUCGGCUUCUGCCGACAUACUACGCUGACAAGAUCGGAGGUCUUAAUGUCUUGAUCCCGUUCGCCUUCAUUGCUGGUAUCAUGAUGUUUGGCUGGAUUGGCAUUCACUCUGUCGGUGCCCUGUACGCCUUUGCCGUCAUUUAUGGAUCCGCCAGCUCAGUUAUCCAGGCACUGUGGCCUGCGGUUAUUGGGUCGUUGAGCCGGACGCCGGAUCUGAAAAAAAGUGGCGUGAGAAUGGGUAUGGCGUUUACGAUUGUGAGCUUUUCGAGUUUUACAGGGCCGCCUUUGGCGGGGGCGCUGAUACAGCAGCAUGGAGGGAGUUAUACGUAUGCGAAUAUCUGGGCAGGUUCGUCUUUUUUUGUCGGUGGGCUUUUGCUCUUAGCCACUCGUUUCUCGUUGGUAGGGUGGAAUUGGAAAGCGAGGAUAUAGAUGUAUUAUCGGUCUGGGCUUCUUCACGGGCUGCCUAGAUAAGAUUCCGUACACUCACUAUCCUUCCGCAUCCCGCAUUGAUCCAUAAUCUCACCAUUCUGAGGAUAGUGCAAGUGAGGCCCAGAAGCUGCUGGAGUCUAACAUGCUGCAAUCACAGUCUCCUUAUCAUUAAUGUGAAGAAUACCGAGAACCUCCGAGGUAACUUGGUGUCAAAUGGAAAAGUUAGCCUUGGACUACUGCC